AUGGUGGGCGACACACCUGCUGCACCGAACCACAUCUUCUUUUGUAUGGAUACUUCACGUUCAAAAAAACAUGAUCAGCGCCAUAAGCGGCGCUGCACCGAAGCACCAGUAAGCUCAUUCAGCCUGUCUCCAGAACCAUGGUUUCCAAAAUUUCUGGUACUCCAUGCUGAAGAUGAGACAAAGCCACUCACUAAGAUAUCACCUUUUGUCAUUGCCAGAGAAAUAGAAAAAUUAAUCGGAAGGACCUACAAUGCAAAGAAACUGUCAUCUGGGGACCUUCAAGUCGAGGUUCAAACCAGGGAGCAAAGCUCGGCCCUCCAAGCGGUCAAGAAAAUUGGGGACAUAUCGGUGUCUAUCGCAAAACACAGAAACCUCAAUAUUGUUAGAGGCGUGAUCUCCGAAAGUGAGCUUCUCGAGUGCACUGAUUCCGAGAUUGAGGAAGGCCUGCGGGAAGAGGGUGUCGUGGCAGCAAAGCGAAUAGUGAUGCGUCGGGACGGUAAAGAAAUUGCAACGAAGCACAUUGUUCUAUCCUUUCAACUACACAAGCUUCCUGGAACCAUUAAGGCUGGUUACCUCAACUGUCACGUGCAACCCUAUGUCCUUAAUCCGCGGCGUUGUUUCAAGUGUCAGCGCUUCGGGCAUGGGUCUCAGGUCUGCCGUGGACAGGAAACAUGUCCCAAAUGCUCUGGUAGAGACCACACAGCAGAAUCCUGCCGAAAUGAAGCGCGAUGUGCAAAUUGUAAAGGUGACCAUCCUGUCUACUCCAGGUCAUGCCCCCGAUGGAAAGAUGAAAAAGAAAUCCUUAGAAUCAAGGCAGAACAAAAUAUCUCUUACAAAGAUGCAAAGGCGCAAGCAGAGUUCAGGAAAAAGGGCACUUUCUCCGAAGUGGUGCGCAGGGGAGUGGCACCACAGAGGAGGUCUGUGGAGACCCAAACUGCUGGGCCUCCACCCCACACUCCCCCUCAGAGGGAGGGAGAUACGGAAGUGUCUCCUUCUCCUUCUGGUCUCAUUACUUCCUCUAUGCCUGCAGCGGCCUCAGCUGAGGUUGCUUGCACGGCAUCCGUCUGGGAUGGAUUGCUCAAAGAUCCAUCCCAGGUACUUGUUGUUAACAGGGAGCUCGACGACGAAGACCGUGCUUCACAAAAGCCGUCUUCGAGUCUCCCAGGCACUUUCUCGCAAUUAAAAGAGAAAGGCGAGAGAUCGAGUGGUAGAGGCAGAGGCAACAGACCCACGGACCAGCAAAAACAGCCCCCACCAAGGCUGCUGCCUCCUUAA